AUGUAUCUCAAACAUGUAUUCGGAAUAUUAACACUUCAAACUGGCACAAUUUUAUUGAGUUCACUAUUUAUCACGCUGGCCAUAUGUAUUUUAUUAGUGAACAUAUUGGCAGUCGACACAGAAGCGCCACUAGCCUGGAUUACUAUGUUCCUGUUUGUUGGUUAUAUGAUCGUGAUUUGGUUAAUAUCAUUUAAUGGCGCUUACAAAGAAUCACAGUACGCGAUUUCCACAGCAACUGUCUUGUGGACAAUUUAUAUAAUAAUAUGGCUAAAAUUGGUAAUUUUUUCGUUUAUAGAUUCACAGGCAAUUUGUCUUGAGAAUAGAUGUCCAGAAGUACUAUGGCUGUUAAGCAAUCCGUGGCAUGAAAAACCGAGAGAAUGUAAUAAAAUUUUUCAAAAUUCUUCGAAAAACAACAAACGAUCUCUAUAUGAAAAAACUAACAAAGCUCAAAUGUAUGACAAUAGGGUAAAAAGUGAGACAAAAAGCGAAAGAAAGCAAGUUGCAACUACGACUAGCAUUUUGAAUUACGCAACAUUACCAUUUUUGAUGUUUGAAAAAUAUGAAAAUCGGUCUGAAAUCGAAAGCAAUGAAGUAAAAUUAGUGCUUAAAAAAUGUAUUGAAACGCCUAUAGUACAAAAUAACCAAGGAUGUAUUCAUGUAUCAAUAUUAAUUUUAUUACUAUAUUUACUAUUAUUAUUAUUUUCUUGGAUGAUUCUAAUAAGUUAUCGAGAAGAAAUCAUUAUCCAGGCAAAUCUCAAUAAUUAA